AUGAGUCCAACAGAGCCCGUAGGUGCCGUCGGACGGGCACUUGUCGACUUCACAACCAAUGGCGCAUUUCCAGAGGAAGAUGUCUCGUCUCUGAAGCUGAGCUCCGAGGAGCUAGCCCCGGCCGUCGAAGCUCUGGCCGAGGCCAAGUCCAAGCUUGAGACCGAGAUCCACGCCAUCAACCAAGAGACCGCACCCGAUGUGUCUUCUUGGAUGGCCAACGCCCAGUCCGUGCAAGACGACAUCAACCGCUCCAAACGGCUCGCCAACGACAUCGUGCGACAGGCCGAAGAACCAGUCCUCUCCGGGGCCGCGAUAGAGGAAGCAGAAGACAAGCUCACCUUCCUCCAGGCCGAGCUCGCAUACAAUCAGCGCGUCCAGGAGGCGCUCAGGGGCAUAAAAGACGUCAACCAGAUCCUGGACCAAGUUGAGGCAGCACGAGAUGAGCGCAGGAUUCUUGAUGCCCUCCGGCUUUUAGAGCGGUCGUGGACAGCUCUGGAUGCCCUUCCGGCUGGGCAGGGUGUCAGAGUGAGGAGGCUGCUGGACCUGCGUGCUUUCGAGCUGAAGUCGAACGUGCACGACGUCUUCGACCACGUCUGGAAGGCCUUGAUGAAGGUUGACACUGCAGCGAGGACCAUAUACUUCUCUGCGAAAACAGAAAAUGAAGCCAUGAGUCUUUCGGACGCCGUGAUUGGCCUACAGGCGUAUAAGGAAGUCGACCAGCGGAUGUCACAGCUGUGGCACGAUAUCGACCAGGCUGUUGUUGGCCCUCGCAUGGACAUUGACCAUCCUGGAGCGCCGGCUAUCGUCGUGGAUGGGGACGUACUGCGGGCUGAGGGCCAGGCGGAUAAGUCUAUUGACACUCUGUUUCAAGACUUGGACCGGCUCUUCUCCUACUUUGCGGAGAGGCUGCCUCAAGACCUGAUAGAUUCGCUGUCUGCUCUGAUGAUGCCGGGAGUCGUGUCUCGGGUCAUCUCAGUAUGGUUAGACUCGGCUGUUCCAGCAUCUUUACAAGAAAUGGACAAAUUUGAGGCAAUCAUGGCGACUACGAAGCAAUUUUGCGCAAGACUUGCGGAGCUGAACUUUUCUGGGCUUAACGAGCUACAAGACUGGGUUGAGAAUGCGCCCAGAGUCUGGCUUGCGAAGUGUAGGGAGACUGCGCUAGACACCGUCCGCACUCGCUUGUCGGAGGGGCUGGGCUCCCCCAAGCAGGUCGAGAGGGUUGAAAAGCAGAUGGUGUCUCGUGCUGAAGGCCAAGGGCUUGUAGCUGCUCCAGCCACCGCAGCUGCCGCCUCGGCUGAGGAUGACGACUGGGGUGCUGCGUGGGACGACGAAGGCGACCAGCCUGACAACCCCGCAGAAAAGCCGGACCAAGCUACCAAUAAUGAAGCAGCAGCUGUGGUCGAGGACGAUGCGGCUGAUGCUUGGGGCUGGGGCGAAGAGGGUGGAGGCGAUACCCAAGAAGCUGCUGAAAACCAGCCCGACGAGCCAAACAACGCCGAUGUUGACGAAGACGCCGGGGAUGCAUGGGGGUGGGGGGAUGAAGACGUUCCACAGGAACAACCGGACCGCAAUGCUGCAAGGCGGCCUUCAUCAGCUCCAGCUGGCCCUGAGCAAAGGGAGAUGACGUUGAAGGAGACUUACAACAUUUCAUCCAUGCCGGAGCCGGUCCUCCAGCUGAUAUUCGCCAUACUGGAGGAUGGUGCGACGUUGACCCAAGCAGGGAACGAAAGCAGUCCCGUGGCUACAGCAGCAGCAGGCUUGUUUACCCUCCCGACCUUAGCACUGGCCAUGUUCAGAGCCGUUGGGCCAUACUACUAUGCCCUAGAUAUAGGUGGCAAUAUGUUCCUCUACAACGACGCGAACUAUCUCGCGGAAAAGCUAGGCGAUUUCGCCGCGGCGUGGAAAAAGCGUGAUAAUUUGAGCACAAGAGCGCAGAACUCGCUGCGCUUGGACAAUGAUGUCAAAACACUGCAAAAAUUUGCUGCCCGCGCGUAUGGAAACGAAAUGGGCAUUCAGAAGACAGUGCUGAGGGACCUCCUCGGUGGCGAACAAAGCCUGCUCCAGCAGGACGACAUUGACAGCUGCGUGGACGCGACUGUGUCCCGCGUUCGAUCUAUGGGCAUAACCUGGGAGACCAUCCUCGCCCGGUCGGCGUGGUACCAGGCCGUGGGCUCGCUAGUCGACUCCAUCUCAUUGAAGAUCAUUGCAGACGUGAUGGAGGCCCCCUCCGUCAGCCAGGAUGACGCAUACAGCAUCGCAAAGCUGAUCGCAACCGUCACCGAGCUCGACGAACUGUUCCUCCCUAGCCGCGUCAUGGGGAGGCGCCCGUCAAAGCCGGACGAGGAGAUACCGCAGACGACGCAGUACGCGCCGUCCUGGAUGCGACUCAAGUACCUUAGUGAGGUGCUGCAGUCGAAUCUCAGGGACGUGCGGUUCCUCUGGAUGGAGAGCGAGCUGAGUCUCUACUUUACGGUGGACGAGGUCGUGGACCUGAUCAACCUCAGCUUCGAAGAUAACGCGAGGACGAGGGAGACGAUCCGGGAGAUACGGGGCAACCCGCAGCCGCGGCAGGACGAGCAAGGCGAAUGGUGA